UGAAUACUGCCACCGGAAGUUUUGACUGGUUUUUUUUAGGUGUCAUUUGCGCAUGCGCACUGGGUAGCUCUCUAUAAAUCAUUACUCAGUGGGCAUUUUAACGCUGAUCUGGUGCAAAAAAACCCAUCCUCGGAUCAUUGAAGAGGCUGAGAGGACCGUCACCAUGGCAAUCAGCGGAUCAUACAUGCAGGUAGCGCUGCUUCUGCUCGCGCUCCAGCUCCUCUGUGUCGGCGCCGCUGAGGCGGACCAGGAGACAGGGACCGUGAUCCCAGCCGAAAGUCGUCCAUGCGUUGACUGCCAUGCCUUUGAGUUCAUGCAGAGGGCGCUGCAGGAUUUGAAGAAGACAGCUUUUAACCUUGAUGCCAGGACGGAGACGUUGGUGCUUCGGGCGGAGACGAGGGCUCUGUGCGACUGCAUGCCCACCACCACACUGCGCUGAGCCCCGCCAUCCUCAGACGCCCAGACAACCCUCCAUCUCUGGCCUCUUAACAUUUACAGAAAAACCCAUCUGAACUUCUCUAAACAAACAGGCACUUUAUAUAAUUUGUUUCCCUCAUCAUCUCAUUUGAUCUCAGCUCUGAUUUCAACCACAGGUGGACAUUUUUUUUUUUUUUUUUGUUACCUCGUGUAGGACUUUGACAUCACCGAUGUUUGUGUAGUGAAUCGCUCUGAAUCUUAUAAACUGUCCUCAUCGUUUUCUGCUGUCCUCAUCUUUGGAGCAUAAAUGCGUUUUUCUACUUUCUAGUAACUGACUGAAAAAAGUAGACACAGUAGGAUGCAUCUGUAUAUGAUAUUGUUGUAUGAGGUUACUGUUUACACACUUCUACCUGUAGCAUCAGAGUUUAUUGAACUGCUCAUUAGCAGCAGUUUAACAUAAUAAUAUAAAUGUAAUUUCAAUAAUCCUAAUUAGUUGACUCAAAGCCUGUAGGAGGAAGGGGGUUGGGUCAUUUAAAAUGGAAAGUUUUUUUGCUCCAUAGUUAAGUAUGGGGAUGAUUUUACUUUAGUAAAGAUAUUUUUUAGGAAGACCAUCCGUAGGUCUUGUUUUAGCACAGCACUGUAGCAUGAAUUUAUAGCACUUUCAUUUAGGUGGUAAUAAAGCUGACGUGUGCACACGAUGCAAACGCGCCGGGAUACGUCUGCCUGCGGACCUCUGCUAGAUUUUGAAGGCGUCUGCAGGGAAAGCGAUGAAGCAGACCCGGAUCGGAUCAGAUGAGCUGCGGCAUCAGCAGGGAGGGAAGGAAGGGAUGAAGAGAACGGCAGCAGAGAGCAGAAAAUCCUCUUACUGCUGCUCCUUUAUCAGCAAUGUACUCUGCAAGUCACAGGAGGCUCCAUUUUACAGUCUUAAUGUUGUACCUAUGAAUAAAAACAUAAAACAUG